AUGGCGCCGGUGGAAGUUGAACGCGAACCACGGACUCUACCAAUAGCUCUAGCAGGCUUGCAAGUAGCCGUGGCCGUGUAUGCCUCCUACACUGUCGCCCGAAGCCUCUAUCAAUCUCACAAAGCCCUGGGACCGGCCCAAGACACCUGGAACCGCAAACCCGAGCGCAUCAAGCUCACAACCGCCUUUGGAAGCCUGGCAGCCCUCGGGCUGGCAUUUGCUGUAGCUUCUGGAUUGGAGUACUUGACCUUGUCUUACAAAGUGUGGGCAUGUGAGAGAGAUGUCCCAGUCCCAGAAUCAACCCGUCACCAAUUCCGCCACAAGAGACGAGGUAUGUCGAGUAUGUAUCCGAGCAAGUGCAUCGCUAACUUGGCCAGAAUCGCCCAAAUUAUUCAUCGAAUGCUCCCAAAUAAGCCACAGAACUGGUCUCCCCGUCUUUCUCUUCUUCUCCUGCCGUUGGUCGCCAACUACGCCCUGGCGUUCUGGCUCCCGAACACCACAUGGACGUCAUCAUUCCCUACCCUCGUUGCUCUCUCCAAAAUCCUGACUCUCGCACCCCUGAUCCUACCUGCCAUCGCCCCCACAUCCUGGGGCAUCGUUCACUCCGACCCGCACGACGCCCACCCCGACAUAACGAAGCUCUUCAACACCAUCUCCGCCGGGACCAUCAUCCUUUACACUACGACGACAAUCCGCGCCCUUGUCGAUAAUCUUCCAGAUUCAUCCAAGCCCUGUCACACUCUCCUCAAUGUCCCCCUCGACACCGAGAAGCGCUCGCAUUGGGAGCGCACUGCAACAGCCGUCGAGAGAAUCCUCGGCUCCAUUACCGACCACCCGGCCGUUACCGCCGCGGGCAAGGACGUCCUCCUCUGUGCCCUCAGUCUGGGCUUGUGGGCAGCCGUGAGAUCGACCGACGUCAACAACAUGCUCCGCUCGCUCUCCCCUAUCCGCGAGUUCCCCCGGUGCUUCCUAUCGGAGGUGUCGCCGAGCAAACCAACAAAGCCCGAACCCACGCCCGGCCCCGAAGAUGCCGCCCACCCAACCCCGGCCCCAAGCUUCGGCAUGACCCUACGCCGCCCCCGCCGCUCAGCCAGGGGUAGCAUCUCCAGCACCGGCAGCUCCAACUCCCCGGGGGAGGACACCACCACCACUACCGCGGCCGUCCAUGAACCGCCGAAACGCCGCGGCCGUCCAAGAACGGCCAAACCGGAACCAGAACCAGAACUAAAACUAAAACCAAAGCAGCAGCAACACCACCGCCAACCCAAACAGGAGGACGCACUAGCCCACGACGAUAAGACGUAUGUGCCCACCCCCGCCGUGCAGGCCGAGGCUGGCCGGGGCCUGGGCGAUGUCGUGACCGAGGACGAUUUUGACUGGGAGUCGGCCGCCCUGGCCUGGGGUGUGACGGUGCUGGGUGGGCUGGGGUUGGGGGGCGCGGCGGUUUGGGGGGCUGAGUGUCUUGCGAGGUGA